AUGUUGGUGGACAAAUCUUUUGGUCAAUUUGAGGUAUUUGAGAAUAUUUUUAUCAUAGCUAUUCAAAGAAUUCAUGAACAAUGGCUCAUUAACUUGUCGGAUGUAACUAUUCCAAACGACGUUAAAGUGUUGUUACAGUUGGAUGAUAGAUUCGGACUUCCUGUUACUGAAAACAAUAAAGAAAAAACCAUAAUAGAGUUUGUCAAACAUAUUGAAAAAAAUAUCACGGGUUUUAGUGUAGCCAUAGCGAACAAUAUUAGAAAGCACUAUGAUAAAAAUAUUCUCAAGUACCUCAAAUUGACCAAAAGGUUUGUCCACCAACAUCCAGAAUUGCUCAUUACGAAUGCGGACAAAGGUAAUGUCACGGUUCUUUUGAACAGAUUAGAAUACAUUAAUAAAAUGGAAGAACAAUUACUAGACACGAACACUUAUAUUGUCAUUCAAAAAAAUCCGAUUAAGAAGAUUUCUAGCGAUUUAAAAGAUCUGUUAAAACGUUGGAAGACCAAUGGGUUUAUAGAUGGGCUCACCUAUAAACAGUUAUCCAAGACUGACCCGAAUGCACCAAGAGCUUAUGGUGCACCAAAAAUACACAAACCUGGUGCACCUGUACGCAUUAUUGUUUCCACAAUUGGUAGCCCAUUAUAUAGUCUAGCACUUUAUUUGCACAAUAUAAUUAAGAACGGCAUUCCUGAGGCUAGCAGCUUUGUAAAAAAUAGCUACCAUCUUGUUAAGCAACUGGAGGAGAGUAUUAGAUUGAGAUGGCCUUACAUAUCGAAGUACACAAAAAUCACAGAAGAAGAGUUUAUCAUUGCGAUUAGAUUUGUACUGGAUUCCACCUUUUUUGCAUUUAACGGGGUCACUUAUAAACAAGUAUUUGGUACUCCCAUGGGAUCCCCUUUGUCACCAAUAAUAGCUAAUAUUGUCAUGGAGGAUCUAGAAAAAUUGGCGUUGGAGAAACUCUCUUUUAACAUUCCAAUUUACAUAAGAUACGUGGAUGAUAUCUUGCUGGCCACUAAACCGGAACAUAUUGACACCAUAGUUGAAUGUUUCAAUUCCUUACACCACAGGUUGAAAUUCACUAAAGAAAUGAGUACAGAUAACUCCAUUAACUUUUUGGAUGUGAGAAUAAUAGUGGAGAAUAACAAAAUAAUAUUCGAUAACUACUGUAAACCUACGUGCUCUGGCAGAUUUCUCAAUUAUUAUUCACAACAUCCACAUUGUCAUAAAAAUGGUGUUAUUAUUGGUUUGGUUGACAGAGUGUUCUUGUUGUCUCAUCCGCAAUUUCAUGAAAAGAAUCUCACGAAAGUGAUUAACAGCUUGCUCGACAAUGGUUAUCCACUAACACUUAUUUUCAACACUAUCAACAAAAGAAUUAAAUAUCAUUCUUUAAACAUUAACAAAAAAUCAUCGCGCGUCACAUCCGACAAAUUUUUCACAAUUCCAUACGUUAGAUCUAUAUCGGAAUCAUUUAUGCCCUUAGCGUCAGGAGUAUAUAAAAAAAUCGCCUAUACCAUUCCUAACACUCUGAGCAGAUUCAUCGGCAAGGGUAAGGAUAAAUUGGAUCACAUGUCACAACAGGAGGUGGUUUAUAAGAUAACUUGCCACGAUUGUGAUGCAAGCUGCGUAGGCCAAACUAAAAGAAAAUUGGAAACCAGAGUGCGAGAACAUCGUUCUGAUAUCAACAAAAAAUCUGGUUCUCCUUCAGUUAUUUCGGAUCACCGUAUUUCUCUCGGUCAUGAUUUUGACUGGAAUAAGACGAAAAUCUUGGAUGUGGAACCCUCGUAUUAUAAGAGAAUUACAUCGGAAAUGUUGCAUAUAAAACGUCAGAAUAAUGGAUUAAACUUACAAAAAGAUACUCAGUCGUUUCCUGAAUCAUACCUGCCUCUAUUGGAUCUCUUGCCUACCCCUUAA